AUGUUGAAAAUUUUCAGUAACGAUGACGCUCCAGCCAUUUUGAAGGUAUUAAUCUAUCUUCUGUUCUCACCUUGGCGUAAGGGUUCCGUAGCUACAGAUAUGGCGGCACCUGGUGUAAGUAUAUUGGCUACUAGUUCUCCUGCAUAUCCCUUCGAGGCUGGUGGGUUCUCUAUUCUUGCUGGAACAUCAUUUUCCACUCCCUAUUUCUCAGAAAUUGUGGCACUUCUUAAAGCAAUCCACCCCUAUUGGUCCCCUUCUGCUAUCAAAUCAGCAAUUGUCACAACAGCAUGGAAAACUGAUCCGCAUGGAGAACCUAUUUUGGCUAAAGGCUCCUCUCGGAAGCUGGCCGAUCCGCCGAUCCAUUCGACUUUGGAGGUGGCUUGGAAAAGUAACAAUUUGUUCAAGUACGAAACCCUCUAUUUUGGAUGUCAAUCCACCUUCCAUUACAGUUCCAAACCUGAGCAAGUCAGUGGUCCUGACUAG